UUGUAACCAAGUAUCAUUCCUUGAAGUUAGUCAGCGAAGAUUUUGAAACAAUGUUCAAAUUAGUGACUCUGUUAGUUUUGGCGACAAUCGUCGCUGACACAUAUGGUCAGCGCUUUAUUCAUCCAACGUACAGACCACCACCAACAAGAAGACCAAUCAUUCGUACAGUUCGAGACACGGGAGAUCAACAGCCAUUAUGGUUGUAUCAGGGCGACGUGCCCCGAGCACCAGCGACUGGCGACCAUCCUGUUUUACCAACUUAUAUAGACGAUGUUAAGCUGGACCCGAACAGGAGAUAUGCUCGCAGCGUAGACUCGCCGAGCGCUAGAAGAUCGGGUGGAAGUCAUAAAACGUCUAGUAGCAGCCGAGAUACUGGUGCAACCCAUCCAGGAUAUAAUCGUCGAAACGCAAGGAGCAUCAGGAAUAACUUUAUGCCACGCCCUUCAAUGCCUCGACCGACUGGUCCACGCAACCCAUUCCCUCGUCCGGGAGGACCAAGACAGACUUAUCCUAUCUACGCCAACAGAGGUGGACGACGUGAUGUGAAUUUUCCUGAAAUAAAAAAACCGACUCACCAUGAUGUUGUCAUUCCAAACUGGAAUCCAAACGUAAAAACCCAGCCAUGGCAAGUUAUACGGGUAAAAGCUCGCAAUAAGAGAAGCUUCGAAGCAUUGUCUAGCCAGGAAAACGUAUAUCGAAACCCUAGAAGCGUAGAGGCACUAACUAGUCAGGAAACAGUUUUUCGAAGUCCUAGAAACGUUGAAGAAAUGUCAAGUCAACAAGUCGAGGCAUUAUCUAGUCAGGAAACUGUUCUUCGAAGUCCUAGAAGCGUUGCAGAAAUGUCAAGUCAACAAGUCGAGGCAUUAUCUAGUCAGGAAACUGUUCUUCGAAGUCCUAGAAGCGUUGCAGAAAUGUCAAGUCAACAAGUCGAGGCAUUAUCUAGUCAGGAAACUGUUCUUCGAAGUCCUAGAAGCGUUGCAGAAAUGUCAAGUCAACAAGUCGAGGCAUUAUCUAGUCAGGAAACUGUUCUUCGAAGUCCUAGAAGCGUUGCAGAAAUGUCAAGUCAACAAGUCGAGGCACUAUCUAGUCAGGAAACUGUUCUUCGAAGUCCUAGAAGCGUUGCAGAAAUAUCAAGUCAACAAGUCGAGGCACUUAGUCAGGAAACUGUUCUUCGAAGUCCUAGAAGCGUUGCAGAAAUGUUAAGUCAACAAGUCGAAGCCCUAUCUAGUCAGGAAACUGUUCUUCGAAGUCCUAGAAGCGUUGAAGAACCUUAAAUAAAUAUGUUUCACUUUGGCUAGGAGAAACGAGAAAAGGUCUAACCAAUCAGUGGUUUAGCCAGUGUUGAAAGUGAUUUAUACCCCAGUGUCGGCAAAACUUAUAAUUUAAAAUAUAUUUAUGCAAGUGAGAUUUGAGGACAAUUUCCAACAUUAGUGACUUGCUAAACUCAUUACAAUUAACAUUAUAUAAUAAAAUUAAAAUAUUAUUUUCAAUA